CGGGGCUAACCGUCAACUGCUAGCCGCUGAGCUAAUAUUUAGUUGCUAACCACGGAGCUAAGCGUCAGCUGCUAGCCGCGGAGCUAACCGUAAGCCGCUAGCUGCGGAGCUAACCUUCAACUGCUAGCCGCGGAGCUAACCUUCAGCGGUGCCACAUCUGGCCGCAGCAGAUCUCCGUGUAGAUGUCGAGGAUGGUCGCAGUGACGCCGGCAACUGUUCUGGAGGAGUGGCAUGUCCCCGCUGGAUAUUCCCACAGCUUCUCCCUCCCUACCGGACUUUCAGCCUUCAUGUAAAGCGGUGAACUGUGGGUAUCGGUGCCGCAGCAGCAGCCAUGCAGGCGGCCCAGCUGCAGUACGACUUCUUCAGCGAGGAGAACGGCCCGAAGUGGAGAGGCCUGCUGGUGUCCUCACUGGAGAAGGUGCUGAACCAGGUGCACCCUAACCUGGUUUCCCAGCAGGAGGCGCUGCAGUACAUCGAGGAGCUGAUCCUGCUGCUGCUCAGCAUGCUCUGUCAGGCUCAGCCUCGCACUGUGCAGGACGUGGAGGAGCGCGUGCAGAAGAGUUUUCCUCACCCGAUCGAUAAGUGGGCGAUCGCUGACGCUCAGGCCGCCAUCGAGAAGAGGAAGAGGAGGAACCCUCUGGCCCUGCCCGUCGACAAGAUCCACCCGCUGCUCAAGGAGGUGCUGGGCUAUAAGGUGGACCACCAGGUGUCCGUGUACAUGGUGGCGGUGUUGGAGUACAUCUCCGCUGACAUCCUGAAACUGGCAGGAAACUACGUCAGGAACAUUCGACAUUACGAGAUCUCACAGCAGGACAUCACCGUGGCCAUGUGUGCAGACAAGGUGCUGAUGGACAUGUUUCACCAGGACGAGGAUGACAUCAGCGGCUUCCCUCUGAUGGACGAGGAGCCAUCAGCCAAUGAGGAGCAGAGUUACUACGAGCUGGUGCGGAGCUUCAUGUCCGACGGCCGCCAAUACCUGAGGACCCUCAACCUGCUGAUCAAGGUGUUCAGGGAACCAUUCAGCUGCAGCCACCGGCUCUUCUCCCAGCACGACGUGGACGCCAUCUUCAGCAGGAUCCUAGACAUCCAUGAAGUGACGGUGAAGCUGUUGGGUCUGAUCGAGGACACGGUGGAGAUGACGGACGAAGGGAGUCCUCAUCCUCUGGUGGGGAGCUGCUUCGAGGACCUGGCAGAGGAGUUGGCCUUUGACCCCUAUGAGACGUACGCCCAGGACACACUGCGCUCUUGUUUCCAUGAACACUUCCUGAGCCAGGUGUCCAAGCCGGGGGCCGCCUUCCACCUGCAGUCCAUCUGUGAAGGUUUUAAAGAAGCAGUUGAGUAUGUUCUGCCCAGACUGCUGCUCACACCUGUUUACCACUGUCUGCACCUCUUUGAGAUGCUGAAGCAACUGGAGGAGAAGAGUGAGGACGAAGAAGACAAGGAGUGUCUGAAGCAGGCGAUCACGGCUCUGCUGAACCUGCAGAGCAGCAUGGAGAGGACCUGCUCCAGGAGCCUGGCCAAGAGGAGGCUCAGCGAGUCGGUGUGCCGUUUCUACAGCCACCAGAUGAAGGGGAAGCACCUGGCCAUCAGGAAGAUGAACGAAAUCCAGAAGAACAUCGACGGCUGGGAAGGGAAGGACAUCGGCCAGUGCUGCAACGAGUUCAUCAUGGAGGGCACACUGACGCGCGUCGGCGCCAAGCAUGAGCGCCACAUCUUCCUGUUUGACGGCCUAAUGAUCUGCUGCAAGUCCAACCACGGGCCGCCGCGGCUCCCCGGAGCCGGCUCCGCCGCUGAGUACCGCCUCAAGGAGAAGUUCUUCAUGCGCAAAGUCCAGAUCAACGACAAAGAUGACAAGGAGGGCGAGUACCGCCAUGCUUUCGAGAUUAUCCUGAAGGACGGCAAUAGCGUGGUGUUCGCCGCCAAGUCUGCGGAGGAGAAGAGCGGCUGGAUGGCGGCGCUGAUUUCACUGCAGUACCGGAGCACGCUGGAGCGCAUGCUGGACUCUGCCAUGCUGGAGGAGGACAAGGAGCAGACGGUGUGGCUGCCCGGUGCCGAGCUGUACCGCUUUGCCCAGCCCGACUCCGAGCAGAACGUCGUUUUCGAGGACAGCGUCCAAUCCAAGUCUGGGAUCCCCAUCGUCAAGGCCGGUACGGUUCUGAAGCUGAUCGAGAGACUCACCUUCCACAUGUACGCAGACCCAAACUUUGUGCGAACCUUCCUGACAACGUACCGGUCCUUCUGUAAACCUCAGGAACUGCUGGACCUGCUCAUGGAGAGGUUUGAGAUCCCAGAGCCGCGGCCUAGCGAGGCAGACCAGAUGGAGGGAGCAGAGCAGCCAAUCAGCGCAGAACUCAAACGCUUCCGCAAAGAGUUCGUCCAGCCGGUCCAGCUUCGAGUGCUGAACGUGUGUCGUCACUGGGUGGAACAUCACUUCUACGACUUUGAGAGAGACGCUCACCUGCUGAGACGUCUGGAGGAGUUCAUCGCCUCCGUCAGAGGUAAAGCGAUGAGGAAGUGGGUGGAGUCGAUCACUAAGAUCAUCCAGAGGAAGAAACAGGUCCAGGUGAGUGUGGCUAGCCACAGCAUCACCUUCCAGAACGCCCCGCCCCCCUUUGAGUGGCACAUCUGCAAACCGGGAGGCAGCGAGGCCUUCGACCUGAUGACGCUGCACCCCAUCGAGGUCGGCCGCCAGCUCACGCUGCUCGAGUCCGACUUGUACAGGGCGGUACAGCCGUCUGAGCUGGUUGGCAGCGUCUGGACCAAAGAGGAUAAAGAGAUUCACUCCCCCAACCUGCUGAGGAUGAUCCGACACACCACCAACCUCACGCUGUGGCUCGAGAAGUGUAUAGUAGAAACAGAGAACCUGGAAGAACGAGUCGCCGUGGUGUCCCGGAUCAUCGAGAUCCUGCAGGUUUUUCAGGAACUUAACAACUUUAACGGUGUUCUGGAGGUGGUCAGCGCCAUGAACUCGUCUCCCGUCUACAGACUGGACCACACCUUCGAGCAAAUCCCGAGUCGGCAGAGGAAAAUCCUGGAGGAAGCUCACGAGCUGAGUGAAGACCACUACAAGAAGUACUUAGCCAAGCUGCGCUCCAUCAACCCCCCCUGUGUGCCCUUCUUUGGUACGCUCCAACACACACACACACACACACACACACACCUGUUUGUUCUAGGGGCUCAGCGGUUAAAUAUUAGGGCUGUUAAGAGAAUUUGUCCCCCCCCCAUGAAAGUGAGAGACAUCAUGGCUUUCACACAACCAAAGUGGAAGUUGGUCAAGGCCACACCCCCACCCUUCACCUUGACCCCCCUGUAUAUCUACAGCUAA